AUGCUAUCCUGCAACGGAAGCAGAAGUUCGGACUUGCAUUCAUCUCUGAAGGGAGAAAAGGAACCAAGACCGAAUGAGCUUCCUCCCACUCAUUUCAAGAUGUGGGAUGAUCACCUCGUCACCUCUAUUACUACCAUACUGCGGAACAUUUGGACGCAAGAGCGCAUUCCUUCAUCUUUGGGCAAAUCACCGUUCGUUCCCAUUUUCAAGAAAGGGAUCAGUUUGAUGUUCACUAUCACCAAAGUUCUGGCUCCGGUUAUACAUCGACAUCUGACGCCCUUAACAGAGACCAAAAUCCGUGAACAGCAAGCCGGAUUCCUGCCUGGCCGUGGACGUAUUGAUCAAAUGUUUACGUUGCGUCAAAUCCCUGAGUUGUGUCACACCGGCCGUGUGUUGCUUGAUCUCAAACGAGCCUUGGAACAGUUGGCCGUGAAGCGCUGA